GCAGGCGAGCCGUGCACCAAGAGACUGCUGUUGGCAGUGUGGGCAGCAGGGGGCGGGCGGGCCGCGGCUCCCACAAUGCUCCUGCGCCCUGUGUGUGUGUGUGGAGCGGCUUCAACAAUGCGGGCGAGCUGAGCCUCAAGAGCGAUUCCUGCACCCACAUACCACUGCUCCCCUUCAUGUGCAUUUUUUUAAUUCACAAAAAAAGCUUAGAUGUUGCAUUAAAGGUACAUAAAACAAAUGACCGGAUUGCCCCCCCCCAUUUUAAAAAAAACAACGCGAUCCGGAGCACCUGGUGAUGCUACCAACAGAAACCAAAGUAAUGUGAGAUGAGGGAGGGAAGAGGACAAGAUUAUCCAUUGCUUUUUGCUGUGGCUGUGAGUUGUAAAUACCUUGUUGGACUUCCAAUUCAAGAUGCUGAGAGCCACCGAUGGGGACAACCGGCUUGACAGGAAUCUGCUAUGGUCCUUGGAGACCCUUCAUCAUCAUGGUAGUGGCACCUCCAGUGGAAACAGAGCUGAAGGUGGAAACUGAUUGAUUUGGAUUGGCUUGGCAUUCUUGAGAAGGGAGAGAGACAUUUUGAGAAAGGACAAAGAAAGAAAAUGAAAUUUCCAUUCUAUUGGUAAAUUGUAAACGGCUUAUGGAAAAUAUCUGAAGGAAAGUACACAAUGACCCUUUGGUCAAUAAGUGAGAUGAGAAUGCCCUAUCAUGGCUUCUGAUCAAACGUGAUUGUGAGAGGGUGUCAUCUUCCCCUCUCCUUUUUUUUUAAUUUAAACACUUUUUCCCCCUAACUCUUGCCAAUUUAUAACAUGCUACGGAACGGAGGUGUUGGGAAUGUAGGGCAACCAUGCAUGCUACGAUGGUCCAAUCGCAUCCGGUUAACCUGGCUCAGCUUCACCCUGUUUGUCAUAUUGGUUUUCUUCCCACUGAUUGCCCACUAUUACCUGACCACCAUUGACAACCUCAAUGACUCUGGCCCGCGCAUUUUUGAGCCACGUUCUGGCAAUGCCCUAUGCGAGGUCAAACAUGUCCAGGACCUGUGCCGCAUUCGGGAAUCGGUCAGCGAGGAGCUGCUCCAGCUCGAAGCCAAGCGGCAGGAGCUCAACACUGAAAUCGCCAAACUUAACCUGAAGAUUGAGUCGUGCAAGAAGAGCAUCGAGAAUGCCAAGCAGGACCUGCUUCAGCUCAAGAACGUCAUCAGCCAAACAGAGCACUCAUACAAAGAGCUGGUGGCACAGAACCAGCCCAAGCUCUCGCUGCCAAUCCGCCUCUUGCCAGAGAAAGAUGAGACCAACUUCCCGUUGCCAAAGUCCCCCAACAGCUGUCGCUUGCAUUCUUGUUUUGAUUACUCUCGGUGCCCACUAACGUCUGGGUUUCCAGUUUAUAUCUAUCCACUGGAUCAGUACCAGUUCAGCAGUCUUAUCGAUCCGCUAAUUAAACAGGCAUUCCAGGCGACUGCUCGGACUAACAUCUAUGUUACAGACAAUCCCAAUGUUGCCUGUGUCUACGUGGUCUUGGUUGGGGAGCUACAAGAUUCAUCUGGACUGAAAUCCAUUGAAGUUGAAAAGCAGUUGCGCUCCCUCCCUUACUGGCGAUCCGAUGGACAUAAUCAUCUCCUCAUCAAUCUGUCCAGGAGGUCCCAGACUCAGAACCUGCUCUACAAUGUCAGCACAGGCAGGGCUAUGGUUGCCCAGUCCACUUUCUACGAUGUUCAGUAUCGGCCUGGCUUUGAUCUCAUCCCAUCGCCACUGAUCCAUGCCAUGUCUGAGCCCAACUUUUUGGAGAUUCCUCCUCAAGUUCCUGUGAAAAGGAAAUAUCUCUUCAGCUUCCAAGGAGAGAAGCUUGAAUCGCUUAUGUCUAGUUUGCAGGAGGCUCGUUCGUUUGAGGAGGAGAUCGAGGGCAAUACUCCAGCAGAUUAUGAUGAUCGGAUCAUCGCCACCUUGAAAGCUGUUCAGGACAGCAAGUUGGACUUGGUCCUUGUGGAAUUCACCUGCAAGAACCAGCCUCGGCCUGCCUUACCGACUGAGUGGGCGCUAUGUGGUGAGCGGGACGACAGGCUAGAGCUGUUGAAAUUGUCCACUUUUGUAUUAAUUAUAACACCAGGAAAUGGCCAUCUAAUCGCUUCUGCUGGUUGUUCCAUGAGGCUUUUUGAGGCUUUGGAGGUUGGAGCCAUUCCAGUAAUCCUUGGGGAACAUGUGCAGUUGCCCUACCAUGACAUGAUACACUGGAGUGAGGCAGCUCUGGUGGUGCCGAAACCACGCAUCACGGAACUCCACUUCCUCUUGAGAAGCAUCUCAGACAGCGAUCUGCUCAACAUGAGACGUCAGGGCCGCUUUCUGUGGGAGACGUACUUUUCCACUUCAGACAACGUGCUGAGCACCAUCCUGUCCACUGUGCGGACCCGGAUACAAAUCCCUGCUGCUCCCAUUGCAGAAGAGCCAUCCAAAGAGAUCCCUCACAAGACUGGAAAGGCUGCUGGCACUGAUCCCAACAUGGCAGACACUGGAGACCUGGACUUGGGGCCUGUGGAGACUGAACCACCUUACGCCUCCCCCAAAUACUUGCGGAACUUCACAGUCACUGUCCGGGACACGUACAGAGCCUGGAAUGCUGCCCCUGGACCCUUCCACCUCUUCCCGCACACACCACUUGACCCCACCUUGCCCUCUGAGGCCAAGUUCCUUGGAUCUGGAACAGGAUUCCGGCCAAUAGGUGGGGGAGCGGGAGGCUCUGGGAAGGAAUUCCAGGCUGCUCUGGGCGGGAAUGUUCCCAGGGAACAGUUUACAGUGGUGAUGUUGACCUACGAGCGUGAGGAAGUCCUGAUGAACUCUUUAGAGAGACUGAAUGGCCUUCCUUAUUUGAAUAAAGUCAUUGUUGUAUGGAACUCUCCCAAGCCGCCAUCUGAGGACCUUGUGUGGCCUGAGAUCGGAGUGCCUAUUGUGGUUGUUCACACAGAGAAGAAUAGUUUAAAUAAUCGUUUCUUGCCCUGGGAUACUAUUGAAACUGAGGCAAUUCUUUCUAUUGAUGAUGAUGCCCACCUUCGUCAUGAUGAGAUUAUGUUUGGCUUUCGGGUUUGGCGAGAGGCAAGAGAUCGAAUUGUGGGUUUUCCUGGCAGGUAUCAUGCCUGGGACGUGGCCCACCAGUCCUGGCUGUACAAUUCCAACUACUCCUGUGAACUCUCCAUGGUGCUGACGGGUGCUGCCUUCUUUCACAAGUACUAUGCGUACCUCUACUCCUAUGUCAUGCCACAGGCCAUCCGAGACAUGGUAGACGAGUACAUUAACUGCGAGGAUAUUGCCAUGAACUUCCUCGUCUCCCAUAUCACCAGGAAGCCACCAAUAAAGGUCACGUCACGCUGGACCUUCCGAUGCCCAGGUUGUCCCCAGGCUUUAUCGCAUGACGACUCCCACUUCCACGAGAGGCACAAGUGUAUCAACUUCUUCGUGAAGGUCUAUGGGUACAUGCCGCUGCUCUACACUCAGUUCCGUGUGGACUCUGUGUUGUUCAAAACACGCCUGCCACACGACAAGACCAAGUGUUUCAAAUUUAUCUGAAGAACCCUGCCACACGGGGAAGGAAAGGGCACACAUCAUCAUUCCAGCCCGCUGAGGCUCCAUUUACAUCACCGCAAACUGGAGGGGGAAGAAGUGGAGAAGUUCACCAAGUUCUUGUCCACCCGCAACCUAAUUUCAUGAUUAACUAGUUAGGACAAGACUGGUUUUAUAUUUAAAAUAAAAGACUUCGUACAUAUAGGCUGAUGAAAUGACAAGCAAAGAUUCACCCAGUGGAAAUUAUGGUGCAUGAACUUGCCCCAAAUCAUGGAAAGAGUCCAGGUCUGGUUUGCUUUUUUGUGAACUAAUUGUAAUCACAGAGGAAACUGAGACUACACAAACCAAAUUGUAGAUCAGCGAAAGAAGACGUCAUGGUCGCCAAAUGCCAAUCCCACACUGGCCAAAUCUGAGUGUGCUGUCUUGAUCUUUCUCUGGUGUGUUUUCUUUGUUCUGUUUAAUAUGAGAUGAUGUUCAUCAGGAAAAGGCUGAGGUGCCAUGAGAGUAGGAAAUGUGUAAAUUGUACUGUCAUUUCCAUCAUUUCUCCCAGCCCCAUUGACAUCGUUAAAACAUGAAACAGCUCAACGAUUUAUUCCAUUACAUCCGCAGGUGGUAUGAUGAUAAUAAUGUCAUUUCACUGCUGCACAGACAUUACACUGUUUCUCCUAAAGAUAUUAAACUUUGGAUUUUAUUUACAAGGUUUUUUGUUUUAGUUAUGUUGCAUUAAUUUUUGCUGUUUUGUUUGGGUCUCAAACAUCUCAGUCAGUGAUGUGAAAUUGGCCUUCUACAAGUGACUGGCUGAUUCUUUGAGCAGUGGCGUGAGGGUAAUGUUUCAGGAUUUCGGUAUACGUGAAAGGACACGGGCAGGCACAGAUCAGCCAUUGCCUAAUAGAAUGGGAGACCUGACCCUCCUGUUACUAUAUUCUUCCCAAAUUUGUUGGUUUGAUAUACCACUCAUUCAUUGACCCUGGGAGUGAUCCACGUUCUGGGCUGUGACAAUCUACAAAUAUACCACAGCAUACAAAUCCUUCAGUGGACACAUUUCUCUCAUUCUAAGAGAAGCAUUUUUAAUUGUUUUGGGAUAUGGGCAACAUUAGCAAAAUCAUCGUUUAUUUCCCUUCCCUGGUUGCCUAGAAAAGACAGUAAUGGAGGUCUUGCGAUAACUUUUAUGCAACUCAAUAACCUGCUGAGUCACUUUAGAGAACAGUUAAGGUUACCAUGAGACUAGAGUCUAUAUAUACCCAGUACAGAAAAGGACAUCUGGUCAUAUAACUGAAGGAUAUUUAUGAACUUGUUGAGUUUUUAAACAACAGCUCAAUAUUUUGAGUAACUUCUACUGAUACUGGACUUAAACUCUUUUCAAAAAAUUAACUAGAACUUGUUUGCUGGAUUAUCAAUCCAUUUUUAUGAACUAGCCAUAGUUCAGCAGCUUCCUCACCAGUUGCUCUGCCUCGGGUGUUGUUCAUGUGCAGAUGUUCAGUGAGGAUAGGUUAGGAUUUUGCUGUGCUACUCACAUUACUUGGCAUCUGCUGCUCAGUUCCUACUGUGGUUGGAGAUUUGGAAAGGAUUGCUGUCUCACUGGUGACCAAGGCAUCAGAACUGUAAGUGUCCUUAACCUGAAAAGAGUUGGUCAGCCUCUUAAAAAGAGGAAAUAAGACAGAGGAAGGGUAAAGGAUCUGCAGAAGAUUGCAAAAGAUAAUUCCCCUGAUAACUACUGAAAUGACGUACUCUUCAGUGAACUUUACCAUAAGCAAUGGAACUUCUGGCAGGAAUUUGCUCUGCCUGUUCUUGGUUAGUAUCACAUGCAAGGACUGUUGAGCAAGACAGGUCUUUGCUGUCUCAAACAUAGUCAAAGAAUAUCCCCAACUUACAGUUGCUGUAAGAAGCUGUAGCUCAGCUUGCGAUGUUAGCUGAAGCUUGGGGUGAGUUUAUAAUAUCACAAUCAUUCUAGGAUAUCCAAUAUCUUGUAUAAAUCUUUAUAAUAAAAGUCCUUGCAUUUAUCAUAUUACUAGUCUUUACAACAUUUGAAUA